CUGAACCCGCUGCUCAUCGCCGCAAACUUUGGUCGAUACACCUAGCCUUUCUUGCGCCCAAGCGAAUUUGCGCAAGAUCCACAUCAAGCGCAGUUCGUUACUGCUCACAUCGGGUUUGAGUGGCUGGUUCCAACCCUAGUCCGCCUGCAUCCGUGGCGCUGUACAAAUGCUUUACCUGUAAUACGUACGCGAAGCUCCAAUCUCAAUGCCAAAAGUGCCUUGUGACGUUUCACACGAAACAACCGCUGAUGCUACAGAAAGCACCUCAGUGUGGCAUGAGGAUGUAUUGCGCCCAGAAUGCUGCUCGCAGGCACACGCAGAACACGCAGGCACACGCAGAGGCCAUGUCAAUUCGUGAUGAAAUUGCAAGAAUUUUUGUCGGGACGAGCGUCUAUUUCCCCCCCGUUUCUUUCAGAAUGACUGCGCUCAGAGCCUCGAUGGACCACUGCAAGCAAAAAUCGAGAGAUUGUUGUUUGGUCGUCAGCCAAUCACGUACUGAAGCAGCCCCUGCCUUGUGAGGUAGUUCCGCCCUCACCUGGCGGGACAGUGGGGCACCAAUGAAGAACACACUAAUGA